UCCUCUUUUUUAGAGAAGAGAUUUCAGAUUCACUUUACUUAUUACGCUCAUGUACAUAUUCUUCCUGCUCUUCGACGAGUCACCGAUCUCCUUCCACUCACCAUAAACUGGCGCGCAGACGCUACAUCGCUCUGUUUUACCCCAGGAUGUUUGACAGCAGGUGGCGAUCCAUGGUGUUCUUGUUGUACGGAAUUCGGUUCUACAUUCCGAUUUGCCCUCGCUUCGCUUGCCCGUGAAGAGCGAUUGCAGGCCAUUGCACGACUUGCCUGCAGUCGUUGUCAGCAGCGAUCUCAUUGCGACAUGGAUCAGUGUCAGAAUCACACAUGUAGUAUCAAAAAAAUUUGGAACGGUUUAGCGAGGAGCAGAUCCGAGACGAGCUGUGACUAG